AGCCACAGUAUCGUAUCUUAAACACAGCUCAGCCUGAGAGAGUAGAGUCUCAGCUCCAUUAAACUCUGCUGCUCAACAGAAGCUGCUGGUUUGCUCUCGCUUUUCAGGCACAGCUCUCUCUCUCUCUCUCUCUCUCUCUCUCUCUCUCUCUCUCUCUCUCUCCUCUGCUCAGCUCAAGACCGUCACUGCUGCGCAGGCUGUUGAAAGAUCAACACUCUGUUAUAAAAAUGGAGUCCCCCCUGACAGAAUUUCCCACAUUGCUGCCCAAUCGAUCCACGGAGAGCUGCCCACCUGUGGAUAGUACAGUGGAGAACACGAUUUUUGGAUUGUACUACAUUAUAAUUUUCCUUCUGGCACUAAACGGCAAUAGCCUUGCCCUGUGGAUCUUCGCCCGCCAGAGAGGCAACUCUUCUCCAGCCAAUGUCUUCCUGCUUCAUCUUGCUGUGGCUGACGUGUUUUACAUCUUCGUUUUACCCCUCAGAGCCACUUAUCAUUUAACUGGGGAACAUUGGCCGUUUGGUGAAAUUCCCUGCCGUCUUGCAGGCUUCUUCUUUUAUGUCAACAUGUAUGCCAGUUUGUACUUCCUAGCCUGUGUUGCAGGUGAUAGAUACCUUGCUGUGGUACAUGCUGUACGUUCCCUCAAGGUCAGGCGCCCUCGUUAUGCUCACAUUGCCAGUUUUGCAGUAUGGGCUUUGGUGAUAGUGUCUAUGGCGCCCCUACUGGUCACCAAGCAGACUACAGAUUUCAACGGCUCUACAAUAUGCUUGCAACUGUACAGAGAAAAGGCCUCACGGCAUGCUCUCGUCUCUCUCGCUGUAGCCUUCAUGCCACCUUUCAUUGCCACGCUUUCUUGCUACCUGUUGAUAGUGAACAGUCUGCGGAAAGGUUCAAGGCUGGAGCCAGCACUUAAACUCCGUGCUCUCCGCACCAUUGGUCUGGUCAUGCUCAUCUACAUAGUGUGCUUUCUACCCUAUCAUUUAAGCCGUGCAACCUUCAUCCUAGGUUACGGACACCCCGACUUAUCCUGUCAAAUUAAAAGAGGACUAGCCCUGGCUAACCGGCUUACUUCCUCUCUAACCUGCCUGAAUGGGGCUUUGGAUCCCCUGGUCUACCUGUUUGCUGCUGAGAAGUUCAGGGAAAGCGUUCGCAGGAUUUUUUGCAGAGACCAGUCAGGGGGGUCCGGCGCUACAAGCGGGGACCUGAAAGGUACACAUGAGAGCUCUCUGACCGCAAAGUCUGAGUUCUUAUGAAAAUCUUAAAAAUGGCAUGGACAUUUUUCAUUGGAUUUAGUGAUUUGGCCUAUACACUUCCUCAGUGUACGGUCAAUUAAAGAUAGGGAACUUUAAACAGCCUUAUGUCAAAAAACCAAGCCUAUGAUUUGGGGAUGUUAAAGCAAUUGUAUGUAAAUUUAAAGAUCAGUUACAACAUCACUCUGUUACACGGACUUCUAAUAAGGUGAAUGGCUUCUGCUUUCACCCAAACAUCUGUUCUAGGAGUAUUUAAGUUGGUGAGUGGGUAUAAAGUCGGGUUGAUUUAAGGCAACAACAAAUGCAUGUACACAGCUAUCUGCUGUAAUUACUACAGCGAUAUGUUUGUGAUGAGUGAUUUUCACACACUUAAAAAUGAUAAGAAUUUUCAUGUAUUAAUCGCUUUUCAUUAUCGCUCUUUGAUGGCCCCCUGGUGGCUGGCUGCAGUACAGGUUAUAAACCCCGCCCUCUCCAUGUAGACGAAUGGAACUUGGAUCAAAGUAAAAAAGAAAAUUUACACUUCCAAUACAAAAAGAUGUUUUUGGUAAUUUAAGGUAGUUAUCACGCUGAUGUAAAAAUUUUUAUUUUUGUGAUAAGUUUGAUUUUAGCUAGUAAUUUGAUGCUAUAAAUAUGGGGCGUUGUUAUGGUUGAUUGGGUCUGCAGGAGUUUGGACGGGAGUUUGAUACUGAGGCUACACGACACUACUGCGCAGACUCUGGCUCCAAAUGACAUCAUUUUCUCAAGAUGGCAGCGGCCGUACUGAGAUGCUUUGGCUCCACUUUUCUAUAGUGGAAGGAAGUAGAAACACGUCGUCCAUCUUCUUUAACAGUCUAUGGCCGUGAGUAUGUAAGGAAGGGUUGCCAGGUUUUCAUAUCAAAAUCCAACCAAUUGCUACCCAAAACUAGCCCAGUCGCGCUCCGGGGGGGAAAUAAACCCA